AUGUACCCACCACCUAGUAUGCAACAUGUUUUGCCUUUUACACAGUCACAAAUAUCAUAUAAACAACCAGACCUGUCAAAUUUUAUAAAUGAGGAAGUCAUAGAUGAAAACAAUGUUAACAUAACAUCAGACGACAGCUGGAGAAAUGGAAGAAGGGUCGUAGAACUUGGGGUAUUGGCAGAUCAUCUCGCUGCGUGCAAACAAUGUGGUCUUCCACUCUCUUUACAAAACUGUUUAAACAUAACAACAUGUGGACUGGCUGCUGUCUUGAAAGUUUUAUGUGUCAACCAAAGUUGUAAAAACAUCAAUGCCAUACCAACAGGAAAACAGCACAACAGAAUAUGGGAUGUAAAUACAAAGUUAGCAACAGCAUCAAUUCAUACUGGUCUUGGUGAAAGGCAGGUAAAUGGUUUUCUAUCCACAUUGAAUAUACCUCCAGUUAGCCACAGAAUGUUUGACCAACGACAAAAUGAAAUUGGAACAAUUCUUGAAGAAAUUGCAGAGAAAUCGAUGAAUGAAUGGGCAGAGAAAGAAAAGAGUAUGACGAAAGAAUGUAGUGGAAACGACGACAUAACCGUAGCAGUUGAUGCAGGGUGGCAAAAAAGAGGUAGUGGCAGAUCGUAUGAUAGUCUCACAGGUCAUUGCUCAAUGAUUGGAACAAGAACAGGCAUGAUAUUAGAUUAUAGUUUAAGAUCAAGAACAUGCAGAGUAUGUGUGACAGCUAGAAGGAUGAAAAAGAUACCUAAAGUACAUACUUGCAGAAAGAAUUAUAGUGGGAGUUCCAAAGCAAUGGAAGCUGACAUGGUAGUACAAAUGGUAGCUGAUGCAAGAAUAAAAGGUACGAACAUUAUGACGAUAGUUGGAGAUGAGGAUGCUACAACCAUAGCCAGACUGAGAAAUAAAGUAGACAAGUCAAUAAUAAAGCUUUCGGAUAGUAAUCAUGUCAAGAAAACCCUAGGAAAGAGUCUUUUUGCUCUGAGAAAUAAACAUUCUCGCCUUACUACAAAGAUCAUUUACUAUUUUAUGAAAUGUUUUAAUUUCUUGGUUGCACAAGCUAGAGGAAGACCAGAAGAAAUAUCAAAGAAUUUACCUGCACUAUCUAAACACCCCUUUGGUGACCACACCAGUUGCGAUCCCAGUUGGUGCCAGUCUUUUGAAGACUCUAGUAUGAAAUUUCGCUCUUUACCAUAUGGUAAACCUCUAAAAGACAAGCAACUGCAGGCCUCAUUGAGCACAUUAUUCAGUAAUUACAUAACACAGUCUGAAAAGCUAGCUAAACUUGAGAGUACACAAGGCAAUGAAAGCUUUAAUAAUACAGUGGCUUCAAAAGCACCAAAAAACAGACAUUAUGGUAGUUCUGGAAGUCUUGGCUAUAGGGUUGCUGCAAGUGUCAUUCAAAAAAAUAAAGGUCACAAGUACCUCGUAGAUGUAAGCACAAAAUUGAAAGCAUAUUUGAAUUAUUGUUAGUCUCCUAAACAAGCUUGAACACUGAAUUUCAUAUGUUUCUUCUAAAAUCAUAUGAAUACAUGUACAUUGUAGCCAUUUGGAUCCACUGAAACUAGAUUUAUACAUAAACCAGCUGUAGCAAACUUUUUAGUAAUAAUAGUUUUCAUAUUUGAAAAGUAAUUUGUCUAAAUAUUGAACACAAAAUUAAGUAUCUCUCCAGCUUAGAAUUGUGCAAUAGGAGAUACAUUGAUUUAUAGCCUACAUAAAAUUUCAAUUAACUUGGACAAAGGGAGAUAACUCUCAAAUUUGUAAUAAUGUACAAACAGAAUAUUUAUAGUUCACAUUUAAAGGUCAUAUAUGUCCUGUAAUCAAGUAAAACUGCCA